CCUACGUGGCCAGGAAGCCGGAAACGAAAGGAAAGCUGGGCGGCGAGCGAGAGCCGGAGUGGGCUCUGGGGUAGGGGAGGAGGUCGUUGCCGCGCUCGCCACCGCGGGGGCUGCUUGACCGAAGGCACCUGAGAAGAUAAAGCCGCGCGCCUUUGCUUGGACCGUCUGGACGGCGUGAAGAUUUUACUAUUUGGGAGCAAAUAUGCAGAGCACAUCAAAUUAUCUGUGGCUUCUAUCAGACAUCCUGGGACAAGGAGCUACUGCGAAUGUUUUCCGUGGACGACACAAGAAAACUGGAGACUUGUAUGCUGUCAAAGUAUUUAAUAACUUUAGCUUCCUUCGUCCUGUGGAUGUUCAGAUGAGGGAAUUUGAAGUGUUAAAGAAACUAAAUCACAAGAACAUCGUCAAAUUAUUUGCCAUAGAAGAGGAGACAACAUCUAGACAUAAAGUCCUUGUUAUGGAAUUUUGUCCAUGUGGCAGUUUAUAUACAGUUUUGGAAGAGCCGUCUAAUGCUUAUGGAUUGCCAGAAACAGAAUUUUUAAUUGUUUUGAGAGAUGUUGUGGCUGGUAUGAACCAUCUUCGAGAAAAUGGAAUAGUGCAUCGUGACAUCAAACCAGGCAAUAUAAUGCGUGUUAUAGGUGAAGAUGGUCAAUCAGUUUAUAAACUGACAGAUUUUGGGGCUGCUAGAGAGUUGGAUGAUGAUGAGCAGUUUGUCUCUCUCUAUGGAACAGAAGAAUAUUUGCAUCCUGACAUGUAUGAGCGAGCAGUAUUGCGGAAGGACCACCAAAAGAAGUAUGGAGCAACAGUUGACUUGUGGAGCAUUGGAGUGACCUUUUAUCAUGCUGCGACUGGAAGUCUACCAUUUCGACCUUUUGAAGGUCCACGCAGAAAUAAGGAAGUGAUGUAUAAAAUUAUAACUGGAAAACCUUCUGGUGCAAUAUCUGGAGUACAGAAAGCAGAAAAUGGUCCCAUUGAAUGGAGUCGUGAUAUGCCUAUUUCCUGUAGUCUUUCUAAGGGAUUGCAGGUACUGCUUACACCUGUCCUUGCAAAUAUUCUUGAAGCAGAUCAAGAAAAAUGUUGGGGAUUUGAUCAGUUUUUUGCAGAGACAAGUGACAUACUGCAUCGGAUAAUUAUUCAUGUCUUCUCUCUUCAACAAAUGACUGCACACAAAAUUUAUAUUCACAAUCAUAAUAACGCUACCAUAUUUAAUGAACUUGUCUACAAACAGACAAAAAUACCUUCACACAAUCAAGAAUUGAUAUAUGAAGGACGGCGUUUAAUACUAGAACCUAGCAGACUGGCACAAGCUUUCCCUAAAACCACAGAGGAAAAUCCUAUAAUUGUAGAAAGCAGAGAAACUGUAAACGUCAUAGGAUUACUCUAUGAAGAAAUUUUGCUUCCUAAGGUUCAUCAACGUUAUGACUUGGAUAGCGAUGUAAGUAUGGCAAAAGCAGUAACAGGGGUUGUAUGUUAUGCCUGUAGAAUUGCCCGAGCCUUACUGCUUUAUCAAGAGCUCAUGCGAAAAGGAAUCAGAUGGCUAAUUGAACUCAUCAAAGAAGAAUACAAUGAAACAUUUCACAAAAAGACAGAGAUUGUUAUCAAGCUGGACUGUUGCAAUAGAAAUACAGAAAAAGCUAUGAAAAUAUACCAAAAUCUGGCACCAUCAGAAGUGGAUGACAUUUCAGAUAUACACUCAAAACUCUUACUGCUUUCUAGUUCUCAGGGAGCAAUAGAGACUAGUCUUCAAGAUAUCAAAAACAAACUUUCUCCUAGUGGUUUACUAUCUGACAGCUGGACUAAUCAAGAUGGUACACAUCCAAAAGAUAGAAACCCAGAAAGGUUGCAAGUCCUUCUGACUUCCAUAACAGAUAUUUAUUAUCAAUUCAAAAAAGACAAAGCAGAAAGAAGACUUCCUUAUAACGAAGAACAAAUUCACAAAUUUGAUAAGCAAAAACUAUUUUUGCAUGCCACAAAAGCUAUGACUCUGUUCAAGGAAGAAUGUGUCAACAAAUAUGAAACCUUCUUAGACAAGGCAGAGGAUUGGAUGAGGCAAAUGCUUCUUCUAAGGAAACAGUUACUAGCUGUUAGAAAAUUAUGCUUUGAUAUUGAAGAAGAAGUUUCCAAAUACCAGGACUAUGUAAAUGAGUUAGAUGAAACAUUGCCCCAUAAGAUGUUUGCUGCUUCCAGUGGGAUCAAACAUACAUUUAAUCCAGUUUAUCCAAGUUCAAACACCUUGGUGGAAAUGACUCUUGGUAUGAAGAAACUGAAAGAAGAAAUGGAGGGUGUUGUUAAAGAACUAGCUGAAAAUAAUCAUCUUUUAGAAAGGUUUGGUGCUUUGACAAUGGAUGGUGGCCCGCGAAAUGUAGAUUGUAUGUAGCUAUAUAUUUACCAUUAUAGCUUUAUUGACUUUGCACAGCAAGAACAUGUAUAUGCAAAAAGAAUAUUCUCUUUUUGCAUUUUCCUCAGUAUUUAACAGAAAUAUGUAAAUAUGUAUAUACUGUAAAUAUGUAGACUUUAUGUUUAGGUAAUGUUAAAAGUAGAUUUUUCCCUAUAUAAAUAUGUGUAGCAGCAUAUUGUGGCGAUUCUGAGUAUGCUGACACAAUUUGAAAAGUUCUUAUUUCAUUUUUGUAAGUGUUAUAGGGAAAAUUGUGGCCUUUUGAACUAUCAUGUUCUUUAAAAAAUGAUGAGGGUUUCCUUUAAAUAAUUUCAAUAAAAUCUCAGUAAUGAUAAUCUAGAAUUUCCCGUUUUAUUGUGAAUAUACAGUACAUUUGUCACCAGUGACAGAAAUAUUUCUGGAUUUUUAAAUCAUUCCUAUUCUAGAUGUGUUGAUACUUUAUUAAAAUUAUAAUUUUCUAAUUGGCACUUAGAGCUAAAUUCAGCCUUCAUUUGCUAAAUUGGUAAUUUGCUAAAUCACAAGUGAAUUGCAAACUUGAAACCUUUUAAAAUUAUUUUCUUUAAGACAACACUCUAUUUCAAAUUCAGUGAAUCAUUUUUAUUGUUAAAAAGAUUGUAUGUGUUUUUAAAUAUAAUUUUAAAUCCUAGCCCUAACAUUAUAACAUGCAGAUUCAUAAUAAACAACUUUGGUACAGAGAAUAUAUUGAUUCCAGUCAUUCCAAUAUUCUAAUAAAAUAUUAGAAAAUUGUUUCCUUUUUUUUAUUACAUUCAUACAGGUAAUCCUCAACUUACAGCCACAAUUGAGCACAAAAUUUUAGUUAUAAGUCAUAGGUCUAAUGACCAGAUUCAAUUUUUAUGUCUUUAUGAUGAUUGUUAAAUGAGUUACUGCAAUCAUUAAGUAAGUGGUGCAGUUGUUAAGUGAAUGAUUUGGUCGUAAGUCUAAAUCUAAUUCAUCCAAUGGCCAUUUUUUGCCCAAAACCGCAAAAACCAUCACAAAACUUGUUCAUGUGACUGCAGGAUGCUGAAACUGGUCGUAAAUGCUCCUGAUCAUAUGACUAAGUGGUGGGGCAGUUAUAACUUCAAAGACAGAUUACAAGUAACUGUUUUCAAAUUCAUUGUAAUAUAACAGUUGUUAAGCAACUGGUCGUAAGUCAAGAACUACCUGUAUUAAGAUUUGAUCAUGUUAAAUAAAACAGAAAUUACAGAAGUUUGCACAAAUAUGUUUCAUGCAGAUACCCCACAUACAGAGCUGGAUUCAGAUGGAUGGUUAUACAUGCUUAGAUCCACUGAAAAUACUGGGGAUCUUUUUAAGUCUUAUAGGAGUUGAAUCUGAAUAGGUCUGACUCCAACCCACAAAAAUGUUCAAAGUUUCACUUCUGGUGAUUAAUUCUUGCAGGCCAACCAAACCAAGCUAAUGACAUCCUGUUGACUUCAGUAAUAACAUGUUUUCCUGUUUGUCAGGUAUCCAAGGCUGGUAUAUCAAUCUGUUCUGAGUCACUCCUGGAACAGACUAGCUAAUUUGACACCAUUUCAGAAUUAGGUAGCUUGAAACUUUAUGCACAUUGUGUUUCUUUCAGUGGAGCUUAUAUAAAAAGCAAAACAAAACACCUAUAGAUUCUAUAUAGAUUGGCACUUGGCAUUUUAAAGUUAAAUAAAAUAGGAAAAUUAUUUCAUUAUUAUGUUGGUAACUUCCUCAUGGUCUCUUGAUUUCUAACCUUAACAUGACUGAACAGAAGAAAAAAAUCUGUCUAAUAGUUUCAACAUUCAGUGCAAUUAUGACUCUUAUCUUUGUGUUGCAGCUAAAUAUAGAGAGUGAAUCAUUUUUCAGCAUUGCAGUAUCUCUUCUUUCUCCAAAGUUAUGGUAUGCAAUUCUAUUUUAGGGGAACAAAGUGGAUAUUUAGGAAAGAUGCAGAGAACUGUGCUAGCAAAAUCUAUUUAAUUAUUAUGCUAUAUCUGAUGCUAUAAGCUUUAACCACAAGAUUGUGUGGAUUUGGUUGAGUAAUAAUGUCACUGCAGAAAAUGUGGAAUCAGUAGUUCUACUGAUAAAUAUACUCAGAAAUGCCUAAUUUAAAUUCUCCAACAUUCACCAUCCAAAAUAUAGUAGAGAAAAAAGCAUCUCCCUUAUUUUAGACAAUUCAUGUGUAAAAACAGCUAUAAUGCUUAUACUGCAAAUGGGAGCUGUCUAUGUACAGUAUAUGUAAAAUUGCAGCCUGCAGAAACUUAAAGUAGAUAUCAAUCUGCAUCCAUCUUGUAAUUCAAGUACUAACCACAAGAUUGCAUGGAAUUUAACCUGUGGGUUAAAAACUACCCUAUUCAAUAGCCUAAUACAAAAGAGUAUCAGGUAUUAAAGUAAGCAGCAACCCAACACAUUUAAAUGGCAUACAUUUUGGUGCUUCUGUCUUGAAUUUUCUUGAGUGGGAGCAUGGCCAAGGAUGUCCUGCCACCAGUCCUGCUGCCAGGCAAGAAAUCCUGAAGGAUACUGUGAACAAGCUCUGGAGCCAGUUCAUGGUGAAGGUCCACACAAGAGGCAUUGUGGGCUAUCCCAAGAGUUGGAGGAAGAGUGACAUUUCUGGACCAGCUCUGAAGUGGCUCAGCCUAUCUACAGCGUGGUGGGAACUGUGCUGGAGAAAAUGCUUCCCACACAGCUCAGCAGGAUCCCAAGUUCCACAAGCGAGAGCAAGCAAGAAGCGCCCAAGAUGAAAGUGCUAUGGAUUCUAGUUCCCCAUCUGCAGGAGCACUUAGGACACCCUUAGAAGGAGCUGCAACUGCUGCUGUCUUUUCAGCUUGGUGGUUGAUGACAAGCAGCGCUAUACUCAGUUUCGGACCAUUUUGGAAUCCCAGUAAGUGCGCUGGCCCCAGCUGAGGUAGCAUCAAUUCAGAAGGACUACAGCAUGCUAUGACUUCUGCCACCGCUACACCUGCUGGGCAAGCUACUGCUGCAUGGGUAAAUUAGACUGCUCACCCUAAUCUUCCUGCAGAUGACACCCGCUUUCAUCCGCUUGGUCCACACCUGCCUUUCGUGCUUGUCCCGAUAUUCAGAGGGUGUUGCAUCUAUAUGGAUAUGAACGCUGCUCCCCUAAUUCUAUGCUACUCUUGUCAUUAUCCAUGAAGAAGGAUGGCUGACAAUCAACCUGUACUAAAGUCUUCUACCUGUCCAUUCAGAUGUUUAUUUUCUGAUUAUGGCCUAUAUAAAUAUGCAUAUAUAAUUGUAAAACUAUUUAAAACAAAGUAUAUUUUUUGUAUCUAAAACCAAGAAUAAUUUUAGUUUCAGUGGCUCUAAUUUAUUUAUUUUUUUGCAUUUAUAUCCCGCCCUUCUCCAAAGACUCAGGGCGGCUUACACUAUGUUAAGCAAUAGUCUUCAUCCAUUUGUAUAUUAUAUACAAAGUCAACUUAUUGCCCCCAACAAUCUAGGUCCUCAUUUUACCUACCUUAUAAAAGAUGGAAGUCUGAGUCAACCUUGGGCCUGGUGGGACUUGAACCUGCAGUAAUUACAAGCAGCUGUGUUAAUAACAGACUGUCUUAGCAGUCUGAGCCACCAGAGGUCCCUUUAAUGAAUGAAUUGCCCAAAUAGGCCCAUAUGGUGCAUUUCUUAGCAGUUCUUUAACCAGGAGGCAAAUUUUCAUUGUGUACAAACAGUAGCAUUUCCUGUCUCCUCACCCCCCCACCCCAGCCACUAUUUUAAGCUAACAGAUGCUUACUAUAUUCUAUGAGUCAAUCCAUUUUAUUUACCACCAUCAUUUUCAGAGUGACUUAUUUCCCUACAAGCAUGGCUUUCUUAGUAUUUGUUAAAUUUGUUAAAAAGUGGGAAUUUGCAAUGUUUUUCAGUUCUGGGUAAAUGGCCUGUCAUACUUCAGGACUUAAUAUUCCAACAAUGGGAACUCUAAUGCUGUAGAUUUUGUGACUUUCCCCUUCUAUUCCACACAUCUACUAAAACUAUCCUUAAAACUAUCCUUAGUUGGGCUGUAUAGAUUUCUGGAAUUAAUGCUUAUAUAUGCUAUGGGGUGAUGUUUUGGACAUAGAUGUCACACACUGAAAGUGGGAAUUUUUGUCUUCUUUAUUCUUGAUAAUUUUUAUAUAAUGCAGAGAUGAGAUAAUUACUUUAAAAAGCAUUGUGUAUAUUCUCCCUUCCCAUACACACAAUACUAUAGAAAGAAAAAGUUAAGACUUUCAGAAUCUGCUUUCAAAAACUAGAAAUCCAGUCUUUACUUAUAACAGAUUUUUUUUUGUUGAACAUCAGACUUCAUGAUAUGUAUAAAACCUGUUCCAGAUUGUCACCACUACUUUGCUCCUCACAAGCAAAGAAGUGAGUAUUUGGGUAGAAAAAAGAACCAGUGAAACAUGGUAAAGAAUAAGCUUAUUACAUGAAAGUAAACAUGAGCUGAAAGAGAUAUAGAGAUAGCAAGAUUUUAAAGUUGCAGAAUUUUGUGUAAUAUUUGGUUGCAAGAAUAAGAAAACAUUGGUGGAGAGCAAGCUUAUUGUAUGAAAAUAAACAAGAGCUAAAGAUAGCACAACUAUAAAGUUGUAGAAUUGGCUGUAAUACUUGGUUUCAAAAAUAAGCAAUAAAAGAUUUUGCUAGAAAGAACAGGAUAAUUGUAGUAUGAUUACAAGUAAUAAUAAACAAAAGCAUUUGGAUUAUAAAUACUGUAAGAAAAGCUCAUGCCAAGUUUAUGGCGUUGUUUCUCAGCCUUUUAAGUACUGACUCUUGAACUAUUUUAAUGUGUUUCAAGCUAACUUUUGUUAAAUCAGCAAUCCCUACAGCAGCUCCCAAAUAAUUGGUAAUAUUACUGAAAAACUAAGUAAAAAAGAGACCUAACUAUAAAGACAGUGCAACCAAUAUGGCUCACAAUUUCAGUGUCUAUAUUUAUGGAUAAAGGAGAAUGGAAUGGUGUGCAUCCUUCUAAACUUCCUGCAGAUGAUGAUGAUGACAUCCAUUAACUGAAGCCUGAUUCUUGGUGAUUUUAUAGGCCAGCUCUCUCUCCACAUCUUCUGAUUUUGCACUACUUCUCUGAGCUUCUCUAUGCUCUGGUUGGUGUCAAUUUUGAUAGUGUCCAGCCGCCAUGUUCUUUGACGCCUCAGUUUCCUUUUACCGCUAACCCGUUCAAACAUUCACUGGCUUUCUCCAGUGAAUUCCCUGCAUGACAUGACUAAAGUCAGUGAGAUGAAGUUUUGUGAUUCUGCCUUCUAGUGACUUGUCUGGUGUCAUACACUCAAGUACUUACUUGUUAGUAACCCGUUAUUGUCUAAGAAAUACAUAGGAGCCUUCUCCAGCACCACAGCUCAAACAAGUCAAUUUUCUUCCUGUCUUGCUUUUUUUAAGAUCUAACUUUCACAUCCAUAGGUAGCUAUGGGUAACAUAAUAGAGCAAACUUUUUGUUGCCAGGCUGUCCUUGCUUUUCCAUAUUCUGCAAGCAACCUAACAAAUAAUGCUUGAGAAAUAUUGACCCAGUAAAGGUAGUCCUCAACUUAUGACCACAAUUGAGCCCAAAAUUUCUGUUACUAAGUGAGAAAUUCGUUAAGUGAGUUUUGCCUCAUUUUACGAUUUUUCUCACGACAU